UAAAAUUUGAGAUACGGCGAAGGCGGGCGGCACCGGCUGGAAAAUGCAUCUUCCCCGGAGCUGCAUCGUCCUCCUCAUCCAGGGGAGCAUCUCUCUGCUGGUGAUUUGUGGCCAAGAAGAACCAGGGAAAGGUGCAGAGCAACAUGAACCCAAGACCCAGGAGAGAGCUCAAGUGCAGAAGACGAGAGGGCUGCUCUCUCCAAAGUCCCUGUUAACUCCAACCUUACUGCAGAAUAUGACCCUCCUGGAGCUGGUGAGCAGUUCACGGGAGUUAUGGGAUAUCCUGGACAACCUGUCCGAGCGGGACCAUGCUCCACACCCCAGAGGACAGAGGGACUUGGGGCCAGCCUCAGGCAAGCUUAAAAAAAUUUUUGGCUGGGGAGAUUUCUAUUCCAAUAUCAAGACGGUGAAGUUGAACCUCUUAAUCACUGGAAAGGUGGUAGAUCAUGGCAACGGCACAGUCAACGUCUUCUUCCGACACAACUCUACCGGGCAAGGGAACAUCUCCGUCAGCCUCGUCCCCCCUACCAAGGCAGUGGAGUUUGACCUGGAGCAACAGAUCUUCAUCGAGGCCAAAGAAUCCAAGAUCUUCAACUGCCGCGUGGAGUACGAGAAAGUGGAUCGUGCCAAGAAGACCACGCUCUGCACUUACGACCCAUCUAAGACCUGCUACCACGAGCACACCCAAAGUCACGUCUCCUGGGUCUGCUCGAAGCCUUUCAAAGUCAUCUGCAUCUACAUCACCUUCUACAGCAUAGACUACAGGCUCGUGCAGAAAGUGUGUCCUGAUUACAACUAUCACAGCGACGUACCCUACUACCCCUCGGGAUGAUGCGCUCUGCCCAUCGCAGGAUGCC